CGCGUUCUGUCCGCCGCCUCCACCUUCCGCCCGGCGCCCGCUGUCAGUGCGACGGUCGCCGCCUUGCAUCGUCGCUCGGCCCUCGCGGCGCCCGAGCCCGCAAUGUCGGGCCCCAACGGUGACCUGGGCGUGCCGGUGGAGGCGGGCGCGGAAGGCGAGGACGACGGCUUCGGGGAAGCAGCUGCCAUCUGGCACACCAGUUUUCCUAAGCCCUGAAGUCAUGGCCCGAGGUCUCCUGUGGCUGGGCCUUGUCCUGCUGGGGGCCCUGCAGGCUCAGGCCCAGGACUCUCCCCCAGAGUUGAUCCCAGCCCCAUUUCUGAUCAAGAUCCCCCUGCAGCCUGACUUCCAGGAUGACCAGUUCCAGGGAAAAUGGUACGUCGUAGGUGUAGCAGGGAAUUCAAUUAAUACAGAAAAACGAGCCCAGUUGAAGAUGUACACCACCACCUACCAGCUGAAAGACAACGGCAGCUACAACGUCACCUCCACCCUGAUCAGGAACCAGCGCUGCGACCACUGGAUCAGAACUUUUGUCCCAAGUUCCCUGCCUGGCCAGUUCACCCUGGGCAACAUUAAGCGUUACGUCGGAGUGCAGAGCUACACCGUGCGGGUGAUGACCACCAACUACAACCAGUUUGCCAUGGUGUUCUUCAAGAAAGUUUACAAAAACCAGGAGUACUUCAAGAUCACCCUCUAU